UGAGGCCGGCGCGCUGGCGGGCGAGGAGCGGCGGCGGUGGCGGCCGCUGGGUAGGUACCGGGUGGGCUGGGGAGCUGCAGGGACGCCAGACUCCUCACCCAAGUUUGCGCCUCAGGCGGGAGCGACACCUCCAGACACCUGCCCUGGCCGGCCUAGCCUGGAGCCGGGAGGGCCCUUCGGGUGCAGGGGGCUACCGGCCGGGGCGGGGGCUUCGGAGCUGCGCCUACCUCGGCGAGGAGAGCGGCCGGCUGCGGACGCCGGCCCCGGGAAAGGCUGCUCGCUCUCCCCGGCCUGAGCAGCGCGCCCACCGGGCCUGGGCCCGCGCACCUGCCGGGCGGGCGCAGCAGUGCUGGGACCGCACUGGGCUGUACCGCUGGGUCCUGCCGGAGAACGCAGAAAAGUUCCCCCUUGCCACCGCCCCGUCAUUGCAAGUUCUUGCUUCCCUUAACUGUCUUGGUCACAGGGCUCUGUGCCUUAAUCUUAGCACCACCCCAGGUCGGGAUCGUGCAUUUCCUCUUCCAAAGGACUUUCUCUUACUUUGGAGCUUCAUGGCAAACCUGUGGGAAAGGCAAGGCAGUCAAUCCCAACUUAUAGAGGAGGAAGCCGAGACCCAGGCACAGAUAAGAAACGCUUUGCUGAAGGUCAUACAGGGCUAAGGGCCAGAACCCUGAUUCCCUGUCUUUUAAUUAUGCUUGCUUUCUGUUACACCCACGAAUACGAUUUCCCAAGAGGAUAGGAUGAUUACACGCAGAGCCUAUUCCCUGCACAUUCGCAGUGGACAUGGGAAAGCGGAACCACCAAAAGGAGUGAUGAUCAACGAUCUCAUGAUAAAUCUGGAUGCUAGUUCUCAUGCCUCAGGACAUCCUACUGGGAACGACAUACCAGCUCCUGGGAUCAGACUUUCAUCUACUUAGGACCCCUCUUUGCCCAAACUACUAAAGCCAGUCUUCACUAGCCACGAAUGGCUACCCAAAGGAAACACUUGGUGAAAGAUUUUAAUCCUUACAUUACCUGCUAUAUCUGUAAAGGGUAUCUGAUCAAGCCAACAACAGUGACGGAAUGCCUCCAUACAUUCUGUAAGACUUGUAUUGUUCAGCACUUUGAAGAUAGCAAUGAUUGCCCAAGGUGUGGCAACCAAGUUCAUGAGACAAAUCCGUUAGAAAUGUUGAGGUUGGACAAUACAUUAGAGGAAAUUAUAUUUAAGCUGGUCCCUGGACUACGAGAACAAGAACUUGAGCGUGAAUCUGAAUUUUGGAAGAAAAAUAAGCCUCAAGAAAAUGGACAAGAUGAUACUUCAAAAGCUGACAAACCGAAAGUAGAUGAAGAAGGUGAUGAAAAUGAAGAUGAUAAAGAUUAUCACAGAAGUGACCCACAAAUUGCUAUCUGUCUAGAUUGUUUACGAAAUAAUGGGCAAUCAGGGGACAAUGUAGUAAAGGGUUUAAUGAAGAAAUUCAUUCGAUGUUCUACACGUGUAACUGUGGGAACUAUUAAAAAAUUUCUAAGUUUAAAACUAAAACUUCCAAGUUCUUAUGAGUUGGAUGUGCUGUGCAAUGGUGAAAUUAUGGGGAAGGAUCAUACUAUGGAAUUCAUCUACAUGACAAGAUGGCGACUAAGAGGCGAAAACUUUCGGUGUCUGAACUGCUCAGCUUCGCAAGUCUGCUCUCAGGAUGGCCCUUUGUAUCAGUCAUACCCUAUGGUAUUGCAGUAUCGACCAAGAAUUGAUUUCGGUUAGACCAAGGGGCCCAGACCUCACUGAGAUGAAUCCUGCACUAUUUGUUUACUCGUCAACAGAUUGCACAGUUAAUGGUGUGUGGACUAGAGGAACAAACCAGAUUUUCAGCAUGCAAAUAAGGCCAUUGUCUAUCUCUAAAUUGUCAGUUGCAUUCAUGUUGUUUCUAUUAGGAGCAAACCAAGUGCCAUUCUGCUACCGAACCAUCUGCAUAAGGUAUUUGUGUUGUCUCAAAGUGUGCAAGUCAUGGUAAAAAUCAGUUAGCUGUGCCGCCAUGAUUCAGCCUUCUGAAUAUUUUGCUUGCCUGUUCCAAAAUUGUUCUAAUGUUUAAUUACACUAGUAAAAUGGCUCAAUUUUUGUGGUGUUGCAGUUUUCACAUACUUACUCUUUUAUUCUUGUUUAAAUAGCGUACUGUACAAGAAACUAAUAAUUAUAUCUUGAAAUUAUUUUGUAUGGAAAUAUAUUUAGAGAAGUGGUUUUUGAGCCACUGUCUUGUUCUUGGUAAGCUUUUUGUGUGAAAAAAAUUCAUUCUUGAGUGUGCAAGUCCUUUUGCCAAGAAUUCCAAUUAUUCUGUAACAUUAGAGCACAACAUAAUUGUAGACAUUCUAAGCAUCUGUCCGUGUAGUCUACCAAUUGCACAAGGAAGGCAUGUUAGCCCUCCAGAUUGAAAAUGUAUGUGACCUCUUGAACUGAAGUUAGAUUCCCAACCAUUCAAAAUGUUGGCAGCUGAUCACAUUUACUUCUGAUAAAAUUAAUGUGUAAGUAAGGUUAAUCUUCUUUCAUAAUGCCUUAUGACAAGCAGGUGCUGCUUCAUGAAACGUCAUUGUAUAGCCCAUUUCAUGUAUCGUUACAUUGUUGCUGUCAUUUAAUGAGUGCAUUAUUUCUCUUUUUAAGUUGGCCUUAGGUAUAUGUCAUUGUGGCAUGCAGAGGGUUAUGAUGAUUUUAAAUAUUAGGAUUUUUAGAGCACAUAACAUUAGCUAUUUUAUAGAUUUCAAAAGUCUCAAAACAGUUGUAGAUUAAAACUGUUAGUUACCUUUCACAUUUCCAAACUAUGUGCAUAAAAUAGAAUAAAUGCAGUAUAGAACUAUGCUAACCAAAAUUAAUAGGUUAAGUGUAUUUUAUUUUAAAUCCUGUAGUAAUUGGGGAAAUGAGAAGAUUAUUAUUUUAUACAUGAGUUCGUUAAGAUCAGAAAUACAAAAUGUCUUGUAUUUUGCAGUUUUGUUAAGUCUUCCAUUCAUUUUAGGAUUAGUCUGCAAGUCAAAGAAAGUCUUGUUACCUUAAAUUAUAUGAAAACUGUCAUUUUAAAUCUUUUAAUAUUUACAGUUUUCAAAAACCUUACUUGGAAAUUGCUUUGAAACAAGCUAACCUUUGAAACUUAGGAAAAAAUCUUGAAAGUUAGGAAAAAUAUUUGAGAAAUAUGACAUGAGCACAAUCUGUGUGUUACACACAUUUAGUUUUUAUACUGCAUAUGUGGUAAAUGUGUCACAUUUUCCAGUAAAAUGUAUCAGAAAUCAAUGCCUUCUGAAUUUCAAAAUGAUUCUUAGAAGUAAGAUAUUGUACAACUCUAGCAAACAUACAAAAUACAGCUAAAUCUUAAUAUAUUUCACUAUGUAAAAGGCUGAAACUUCAUAAUUAUCUUUUCCUUCUAUCUUUUUUGAGUCAAAAAGUCUAUUAAAUUUUUCUGUUGCUCUAACUUUGGGGAAAAAGGUUAUGGCAAUACUUUAACUUUGUUUUGUUAGAUUGUUUUUGUUCUUGGAAUGGCUCACAAGCAGAAUUUAAAAGGCAGAUUUUCAUUAACUAUAAAUGGCUGAAAAAACUGAAUUUACUAUCUAGCUACAGAAAUUAUUUUUCUAUGCUGUGAAACUCAGUUCCCAGACAUCCCUAAGAACUUUUACAAAUUAUUAUAAAUUUGUCACACCUAGGUCAGUGAUUAAAAUAGUGUUUUGCAAAUAGAAUUUUAAUUAACUCAAAAUGAAUUAAGAGUGCGUUUUAAAAAUCACAAGUGAGACUUUGAUGUUUUGGCCCCCCAGCCAAAACUUAAUGGCCAUAAAUAAAUUUUAUCUACAAAAUCUCUUUAAAUUUGGCCGGUUGCCUUGUCAUGUAAUUUCACUAUUUUCCAAGGAAAUAUAUAGGAAGCAAUUAUGAAACUGAGAAUAGUUGUAUAUAGAAUUCUUUUGUUUACUGAUAAUGCAUUAACAUUUUUAUUGAAAUGCAAUGGAAUAUGUGCCAAAACACGUGAAAAGCUUACAUAAAGAAAGGCAUCAAUUGUUGUUUGGAGAAAGGUACACAUUUUUUUGAUGGUCCUAUACUACUAGAAUCACAGAUUUCUUCAACUGACUUAUUUUGGUAUAUUCAACUACAGCUUUCUAAGGAUAGGACUACUUUCAUGUCUAGUAAUACACUGUAUUCCCCGUUAAUUAUCCCUUAAGUCAGAUUGUAGAAUUUGCAAGAAACUAGGUAUAGAAAAAAUGUACAGGCAACUUUUGUGGUUAGCUUUAUAAAUUUAGGGUGCUUAUAAAAUGAAUUCUUUAUAUAAAUAACCUAUAGGAAUUAUCUGAAUCUGUAACAUCAGAGACUAAAACUAAAAGUUUCCUUUAAUCUGUUGUUUCUUAAGCAAUAAACUGAAAGACCUUUACUUCCAUAAAAGAUUUUGUUAUCUCUUUUAUCUGCCUUAGAAAUUAUAAGUGUAAAAGUGUCAAGGGAACUUAGAUAUAAAGAAUGACUGUGGUUUAUAAACAUUGCUUUAAUUGAAGUAAUCACAUCAGUUAAUAGAGAAAUCAAAAUAUGUAUGGUCUUUUCUCUAGAUUACCAAAACACCUUUACAAAGUAAGAAAAAAUAAACUAAAGUGCUCAUUGAUGAGGUAAUACUCAGUCUGGAGUACAGGUAACUUGGGUAAUGCCUUUUAACUACUCUUAGAGGAGUAUAUUAUUUCUUUAUACAUCAAGCAUCUAUCCCAUAGUAAUGUGCCACAUUUUAUAAACGUAAUGACUUUGCUCAACUACAUUACACACUCAAAUGUAAUCUAAAUUUAAACUGAUUAAGGAAAAAAGUGUGUUAUAUAAUAUUGUGAACUGUUUAGCUUUACUGAAAUAUUUAAGAGAAAGUGCCUCAUUACUAAAGUGCAUUUCUGUUUUAAAUUUACUGCAUAAAGUUUGAGUUAUCUGUACCUGUCUCUUAUGAAUGGUUUCAUAUCUAAAUAGGCUCUUGUAAGUUAAUUUUUUUGGAAGAUUUUCAUAAGAAUAUAGAUAUCACCAAAGACAUUUUACAGUAAUUAAUAACCAUGUUGGAGAGACGGUUUUAACAGUUUGGAGGUUGGAAAUUUUUAGAUUGCAAUUUAAUUUUAUAUAGUUAGGCAAUAACCUUGAUUAAUUGCUAAAAUAUCACCAAAGAAAGGCUUUAAACUGAAUUUUCUUGGUGAGAUCAGUCAAAUUCAGGCUUUUCUUGCAAUAAUCAGAACACACUUCCUUUCAAAUAUGUUCAUUGUUUUUCAGCAUCAUCUAACAGAUCUUAGGAAAUCCUCAAAGAUGAGAAAGAGGUAAACACAACAAAUAGCCUUCCUCUGCAUGAAAAGUGAGAGAAAUACAUACUUUGAAAAGAAAGUUCAGAUUUUUAAUUUGAGAGGCUUUUUAUUUCAUGGAGGCAGUGUAAACUAAAAUUAAACUUAGAUUUAGCUCCUGUAUUCGUCACAAUAUGAGAAAUUUUAUUAAAGGCAGACUUUGGUAAAAGUGCCAACACACUUACUUGUAUAGAAAAGAGUUCAUUCUAUGGGAUUUAUAUAAGUAAGUGCUUUCUCUAUAUUCAAAAUAUUUCAUAAGGGCCUGUGGUUUUUUUCCCCUUAAAAAGCAACUCUAGGCCGGGCACAGUGGCUCAUGCCUGUGAUCCCAGCACUUUGGGAGGCCAAGGCAGGUGGAUCACUUGAGGUCAGGAGUUUGAGACCAGCUGGUCAACAUGGUGAAACCCCAUCUCUACUAAAAAUACAAAAAUUAGCCAGGUGUGGUGGCACACGCCUGUAAUCCCAGCUACAUGGGAGGCUGAGGCAGGAGAAUCUCUUGAACCCAGGAGGCGGAGGUUGCAGUGAGCCACGAUUACACCACUGCACUCCAGCCUGGGUGACAGAGCGAGACUCCGUCUCCAAAAAAAUGCAACUCUUGGUCUUGUUUCUCAGCACUUAGUUUAUUGUUAUUAGAAUUUAGCCAUACAGCCAACUUUGACAAAAUGGGUCACAGAACAAGCAUGUACAUCAAGAGGAAGUUCCGUAUCCCCCUUGUACCGUUUCUCCUUGGGAAUUCAUGCUAUGGGCUACCUUAAAGGUAAAACUCAUCUUAUGGAGUCUUUCUGAUAGGUCACUCGGUAAAUCUCCUUGGAUAGGGUGAAAAUGGAUGCACACUCUAUUACAUACUCUGGUUUAUCAUAAGGAAUUUUCCAGAAAGCUAAACUUUAUACUAAUAAGAUAUUGGUUGGUAGUAGGAACUUCAAAAGUGAAUGAGUUUGCCAUAACUUUAAUUUUCUGGAUUAGAAACACAAAACUUGAAAUGCAAUUAUCAAUAUUUUGUAAUAUAUAUUCCCACAGUUUGGGUAAAAAUAAGGAACAUGUCUGCUAGAUCUGGUUUAUGAAAAAGUGAAAAAUAUUAAAUACACCAGAGACUCAAACCCUUUCAAGGCACACAAUAACUGUUUCUGGAUUUACCUGACAAACCUAGUUGAGUAGCAUUUUGAUGGAAAACAUCAGACUGAAAGUUCAUUCAAAUGUACUUAAAUGUACAAUACAGUGUUCAAUAGUUUUUACUGCAGUGAUGUUUUUCCAAUAAUUUAAGUAAUUCUCUUCCUAGUGUAAUACAGUUUUCAUAAAUAAUGUUUACUUGCUUUCCUUAUAUUUUCAAAUAAAAUUAAAAUGCUCGAGCACUUCCUUUCAGAAAGUUAUAAAAUUAAAAAUAAUUAUUUUAAAUACUUGUUCAAAUGUGUCUGUAUACUCGCUAUGCCCCUUUUUCUAUAAUUCCAAACUGAGACUGAUUUUUCAGAGAUUUUUAAUUUUAAUAAUUUUAAAUCUAGAAUCAAGUGAAACAGAUAUGUUAAAUACUGAGUCUAGUUUUCUUCCAUCUUAUGGAGCUUCAUGGAAUAAGAAACUCAUCUAGUGCAAAUGAAGAUUAAAUAUUUCGGGGUGAUGGAGAGAUAGUCAACAAAUUUAUUUAUCCAUCCUCUGCACAUCAGUCCACUGGAGCAGGAGUUCUACACAUUAAAAAUGUAAUGGGAUCAGCCUAGCAUUGUUUGGGGUCGGUUUUCUUUUGUUGUAUUUUUUAGAGUGGGGGUGGGGGCCUAAGUGUCCUUAUGAAGCUGUGGUCCACGACAGGAGCUUGUUGGGGGAGUACCAGGGUUCUGCUGCUUUCCUGCAUCUGAGCAGCACAACAGAGAUCACCAGUUUUAAAUAGAGUAGCCCUCGCAAUCAAAAUAUCAUAGAAUAUAUUGUAAAGUUAUGUUGCUAAUUUUCCUUUGAAAUAUAAAAUAUUUUAAGCUUUUUGUCAAAAGUGGUAACAUCUUAAUACAAAUAAAAACCUUUUUGUGGUUGUAAGAUUUAGCUUAUAAAUCAUUCAAAUUGAAGUGAAAGAAUUACCAGGUCAUUGUUAAUGACUUAGUCUAUUAAGAAUAUAUGUAUUUUUGUAAAGGAAAAGCACUUGUAGAUAUUUAAUCAGUACAAGAUAUGUCUUUUGCAGAAAUAAAAUGCUGCUUAGAGAUUCUCUUUAAAUAUUUUUUAUUUUUGUGCUCAAAUGUAUUUUCUGUUGAUCUAUGGAAUGUUCUGUACAAAGCUGUAUGAUUGUACUGUUGGGCUAGAUACUUUUUUUUUUUUAAUCUGGACUUAGCCAAGUAUAUUUCACCAUGUUAAAAUACAGUAUCUUUGUUAUUAAAAAUUAAAUUGCAUAAUUUA